ACAGAUUAUCGUGCUCAAACUUAUCUUGCCGUCACCUCUACCCGCUUGGCCAGUGAAGAUAAACAUGUUGUCCUAAUUGAAAGACAUCUGGUAGAAGGCGUGUGUUGGAAUUUCAUAGAGCACUCGUUUUCAGCUGGUUUCAAGGAAGUUCUCAGAUUUACAUGUCAAUCAAAGAGAUAUUAAAAAAGGGCCACUGAUUGUCAAAUCAGAAAUUGGAAAUUAUGGCAGCCAGAGCUAUCCCCCAUGUAAAUAGAGACAGCAUUUUAGAUUCUGGUGAAUUUCUUAUGACAAGAUCACUUUUUAUCAAGAGUUUUAAAGAAGUUCAUCCUGAAGAAUGUGACCUGCAAGUAUCAAAUGAAACUACUGAUAAGCCACAAGGUUUAGAUCAAGUUGAUGCAGAAAUCAACAGGAAAGUUGGCAGUGUUAAACCAGACAAAGCUUCAGUGUUGGAUGCUUUGUUUUCAAUAGGUGCCAUUGGAACAUAUGUGGCUGACAUAACAACAGAUAUACUUGUUGCUAGGCAACAUUAUCAAAAUGGUGACACAGUCUGGUUUAUUUUGACUUGUGUUUUCAUCAUCGUCCCUUCUAUGAUCAUGCAGAUGUUUUCAUGUAAAUGGUUUAAUGAAGAUUAUCUGAAUCAAACCUGGUGGACAUACAUGUUGCAUUUCUUACAGCUUGGCACCAUUGAGAGAUACCUCUUGGCAUUCUGGUAUGGCCUAAAGACAAGAUUUACUGUUCCAGUCUUACAUUCAGACUAUAUUCGAUACUUGACCGAGUGGAGAGACAUAACGCUUCUUCGUCUCAUCGAAGGAUUCUUGGAAGCUGCUCCGCAGAUGAUUCUGCAGCUAUACAUCUUAGCCUCACAGAAGGAAUUCAUACUCGAUCGCGAUUGGCUUACAGCAACUUCAGCCGUUGUGUCAAUCAUAUCUCUCUCGUGGGCCAUCGUCUCAUACUCGCAGAUGCUUCGUUUGUGUCUCAAUGACAGAGCCCUCUCCUUUUGUGGCUAUGGCUUUCAAAUCUUGUAUCGACUAUUAAUGGUUGCAUCUCGAGUAACUGUCUUAGUUUUAUUUGCUUCUGCUUUUAAAGAAUACAUAUUCUUGGUUGUCGUUGGUCAUUGUGCAAUGAUGUUUGCCUGGCUUAGUUGCAUUGAUGCCACACACUAUUCGGUUGACCGGGACGAGCCAUUCCUCGAGAAGAUAUUUACACUUGUAGUCUCCGUGAUUUAUUUGUUCUGCUUUUUGAGCGUGCAUCCGGCAACAACGAAGAGGCAGAUUUCUAUAUAUUACAGUAUAGUGUUGGUUGAAAGCGCCGCCAUGAUGUCUGCUUGGUUUCCUUAUAGGACCCUAGAUGGUGUUUUGAUGUACGCUUCGUUUGGACUGGUUUUUGGUGGUUUCUUUUUUGGACUGCUCUGUAUGAUGUUGUACUAUAAGUAUUUCCAUCCGAACCAAGAUGUGACAGCCGGUUGGAUUUGUUGCUUGUGGUUCUCUAAUGACAGCGGUAGAGGUAACAGCGAACUGGAAGAAUCUACGUUGAAGAAUGUAUCAUUUUCUUAUGAUGAUAACGAUAAAGAGCUUGUUGUCAUCAAAGUCAGGCAGCGGAGUGGUAGCCAAACUGGCGGGCAGAAAACCCCGGAUCCCGAUUCUGAAAAUCGCUUGUCUUUACCAGUAGAAUUAAUGCGUCCGCAUUCUCCCUCAAAAAACAGAGGUGAUGUUGAUCAUAUAGAGCUUGAAGGAGAAAGAGACGAGAAACAAACAAGUGCGAAUGGCGAUACAUUAAAAUGUUCCAGCUCGUUUGACAGAGACAAGAAUCAUAGAACUGUGUUUUCUGAUGGAGAACUAGAGACCUGCAUUGACCGGGGUGUCUUGCCUAGAACGGGGUAUGUUGCUUACAGUCCGGUUAACAACGGUGGACGAGACUUUCAACACAAGAAACGGCCUAAAUGGAAGGCACGUGUUAGCAAAACAGUAAUGACAAAUGCUAAUUGUUUGUAUCCGGAAGACGGUACCAUCGAAAACAAAGCGAAGCUUGGUGAAUUAAAAAUGGGAAUGGAGUUGGAAACAACCGAAUGGGAUAUUUCGAAUUUUGAUAAGAAUUCCAACAAACUAGGAAAGAAAAGAAGUACGAGGUCAACUAAAGGUGAAAUGUUUGAGCAGAGGCCUUUGCUUCAAAGACAGGGCUCGAAAGAUGAUUACUUUACCAUAAAUACAACGUCGUCUCAAGAUGAAUUGCAGAAACAUCGACGAAGAAGCCUCUCAGCAUUGCCAUGAUUAAUUCAACCUAAGAUUUUUUCUGUCAUGCCGCGAUCAAUUCAAGAAAUAAAGCUUCUGCCAUGAUCAAAUCAAGCAUGAAUGUUUUCUUGUCAUGACAUCACCAAAUCCUUCUUGAAGUCUUUUUCUAAUGAAGUGGUGGUUGAAUCAAGUAUAUGUGCCUUCUAAUUCUUACCUUUUUUUUAUACCCUGUUCCAAUAAGGCAUAAAUUUCCCUCCACAAUAUCGUGUUUCAGUUAAGUAUUUGUGACUGCUUGUAAUGCCGUGAUUAAACCUUUAACUAUAACCUCAAUAUUAAGCCCCAAUCCUUCACUCUUUCAUGACAUCGAAUUCCAAAUUAAGCUGAAUCUAUUUCCAAAAAUAAGCAUGACUGUUUGAUCUUUAUCUCGUUGGUUACUAUGGCACUUGGUGGAAGUAACGUUGGUAACAGUUUUAGUUUAGGCACCACUAUGGAGAAGAUAUAACGCGAUCACAUGUUUCGUUCACAAUUACCAAUAAAUGCUAGGAAUAUAAGAAAAACCGAAUACCUCAAUUCCCAUGUCGUGUUCCCACAUAAAUAAAAUUCUGUACGGCAGUAGGGUAGUAAAGACAUCAAAUUUCACCUUAUCGUCUUUCAAGUCAGUAAGCCAUCAUGCGAAAUGCCCUAGCACAUUGAAUAAGGGGACAUAUAAGCGUUUACCAAAUGAGCCUUAGAAAAUGGAAUGAGCUUUUUUGAUUUACUAUCAGGUUCUUCUCAGCAUGGAAUUUUUUUGGAAUCUAAUCGUAAAUUAUUACCAAAAAUUUUAGGCACGUUCUCCCCUCUCCUUCCUUAAACACUGCUGGUAAACUACAUAGUGAUGUAAACAAUGUACAUUUGUUAUCUAACAUUAUUAUGUUAGAUAUUAGCAAUUGACAUUGUUUUGGGAGGAGGCGGUAGUAGUGGCGAGAAGAACAGGAGAAUAAUAUUGUCUUGUUACUAGAUUGUUACGACGUUCAUCAAUCAUCGCAAUCAUA